GUUGACCUUUAGAUAACGCUGUGGAUAGAUUACCGUGUUAGGAACAUAUGUUCAUUUUAAUGAUAAUUUUAAAUCAAACUAUUUUAUGAAGAUUUUUGUUUUACUGCUGAAAAUAUUGUAUGAUCGGGAACGUUUUAUACUUAGCUAGUAACAGCUGCAGUUAAUGCACGUUACCACUGGCCUCAAUACCACAGUUGACCAUGUAUAAUGUGAACAUGUCAACAUUUUCUCCAUAUAACCGUCAUAUAAUUUAGAAAUAACUACCAAUGGAUCCCGUCCACUUUUUCAAUGAAUUCCAUCGAUUAAAUCUAACAACAGGACUACCAAAUUAUGGUUAUAUAUAUUAUGCUGAUCUUUACUCUUCGAAUUCAUUCAUCUUGGAGAUUUUAAUCAGCUUACUAUGUAUUGGUGGUAUCACAUCAAAUUGUCUUUUGUUUAUCUUUCAUAUAUGUGCUAUACUGUAUGGUAAAAAACAUUUGUAUCAAGUGCCUUAUCCAAUAUAUCUACAGAAAGUGUAUAAAUAUCCAUUGUAUCACCGAUGUAUGCGUCGGUUGUAUCUAAUACUUUGUAAAUGGCCAUUAUCAUAUGUUGUUUCACUUAUUACCUUGUGUUUACAAUGUAUAUUUUGUUAUAAAUGCAAAAGUAAGGUUAACAAGCUAACGACAACAAAGCAUAAUAAUGCUACAAUUACAUCAACAACAAAUGCUGACGUUAAUACUAUAACUACCUCUCAGAGUACACUUAUUCCACUGUCGACAGAUAAUGACAGUGGUAAUACAUACAAUAAUAAUAACGUAAUGAUUGAUAUGAAGUUUGAAGUACACUGGCCCGGUGUUUCGAUUCUUAAACCUUUAUCUGGUAGAGAUCCCAAUUUAGAAAAUAAUUUGUUAUCAUUUUUUCAAAUGGAUUAUCCUAUAUUUGAAUUGCUGUUUUGUAUAGCUGAUAAAGAAGAUCCAGCUUACGAGCUUGCUGAACGUUUAAUUAAACAAUAUCCACAUGUUGAUGCACAAAUUAUCAUAGCCAAAGAUUUAUUUGGUAUUAACCCGAAGAUCAAUAAUUUACAAGCUGGUUAUGAAGCUUCCAAGUAUUCGUUGCUAUUAAUAUCAGAUUCAGGUUUAUGGAUGCGUUCAGAUGCAUUAAUGGAUAUGGUAUCGUCAUUAGAAGUGGAUCCAAAAGUUGGUCUCAUCCAUCAAGUGCCUUAUAUGAAGCCAUAUAAUGGAAUUUUAUCAUCUAUACGAGACAUAAACAUUGCAUCUUUUCAAGAACGCUCCAAACAUAUUAAUUGUAAUCACGUUCAUAAAACAACAUUAAGAGCAAGAACAUCAAUAGAUUUAGAAUAUAUUCCAACCAUUUGUGAACAACCAUCAUUUACCUGGAUUGUACAGUUAGUUUUUUUUUCAUGUUGGCAUGCAAAAGUCUAUUUGACUGCAUCAUUUCUUAAUGUGAAUUGUGUAACUGGCAUGUCAUGUCUAUUACGUAAGUCAACAUUAAGUGAUUCCGGUGGUUUUAAACAAUUUGGCUGUUAUCUAGCAGAAGAUUAUUUCAUAACAAAGUAUAUAUCUAAUCGAGGUUGGAAAAUAUCUUUAUCUCAUCAACCAGCUUGGCAAAACUCACCAGCACCUUGUCUAUAUCAAUUUUAUUUACGAAUAUUACGUUGGUCACAGUUGAGACUAAGUAUGGCAAUUUUGAGUUUUAUAUUUGAACCAUUCACAAGAUGCCUACCAAAUGCUUUAUUGGGAGCUUUCACAUUUGCUUAUAUUUUUCCAAAUUUUAUUGAUCCAGGUGUAUAUUUUAUGUGUUAUACCCUAAUAUGGUUUUUGUUAGAUUAUAUAUUAUUACGUCAAAUUUAUCCACCAGCAACUCCAAUAUGUAUCACAAAAUUAGAAUAUCUUGUAGCUUGGUUAUUUUCUGAACUGUUAGCUUUUCCACUGCAUUUAACAGCAGCUUGUUUUCGUGAAGUACGUUGGCGUGAUAAACGAUAUCGUAUACGAUGGGGUGGGAUUUCUGAACGAAUUGAACAACAAAAUGUCAUAUAAUUUUAUAAUAAAUUUUGUUGAUAUAUGCAUUGAAAAAGAGUAACAACAUUUAAUUGUAGAUUAUUUAUUGGUGCAUUAUAUAUUUCUGAUAUUUUGAUCACUAAAUCUGGUCUUUCUACUUCAAAAUGACAAUAUUAUUUUAUAGGAAUUAAAAAAUUAAUCUUCAGUAUAUAUAUAUAUAACCAUUACUACUGUUGUUCUCUGUUUUCGUUUGUUCGUAUUGUUAUUUUUCACUGUGGUUAUUAUCAUUAUUACUAUUAUUAUUGAUAUGAGACCUAAAAGAAAGAUUGUAAAUAUAAAAAUAUAUACAUAUAUUAUUA